UUUCUCCCCGACCUCUCGUACAAACACACACAGACAACGGCCGACACGCCAACGUCAGCCCUUACCUGGUGACACGUUGCCGCCAUGCCGGUUUUCGUUCUCAAGGUCAAGUGCGAGCUCGACAAUGUUGCCUCGAUGCAAGCGGACGAGAACAACAAGUGGAUCCUGACCAUGCAGAGUCCGGACGCGGGAGAACGACGGGAGCACGUAGAGGUCACCAAAGCAAGAAACGAAGAGUUGGACGGAAGCAGGGGGACCGCCAAUUUCAUUGUGAAGUGGCAGGGGGCCAAGAAGCAGGCCACCGCGAACAUCGUAGAAAUCAAGAAGGUGACCACCCAGGGACUGAUCAAGGGGGACCAGUCGGGAGAGUUUGUGCCGAUUUUCGCGUUGGAUUGCAGGGGACUGGAACCCGUAGAGUGGCACCCGUCGACAGACUUCGCGGUGACCAGCGAGGGCGGCACGGUCUACGCCAGCGACGGCGUGGAUCUGAGCGAGGAAGAUUGGUCGGACUACUGCGAGAAGAGCGCGGCGCCGGUUAGCAUCAUGGAGAUCGAGCACAAGUUCGAGGUUGCUUGAAAGGGGUUUUUGUCUUCUUGUGCUCAACAUGUCGCUGUCGUUCGUGGGUUCGAAUCCGGAUAUGAACACUUUUUGAGCGAGUUUUUUUCCUGGCACCCGUGAGUACUCUGGUGCACAGCAUGGUUGAUGGUAAAGGUUCAACGUCUGGGUUACUAAUUGCGCUAGCUCCGAGGUCGCUUGGUUUGAAGUUCGAGACACAGCGUCGCUGUGAAUUGUCCAGCGAGAGGGCGGGGUCGUCGACUCGUGACCUGACUGAUUGCACACGGAAGAGGCCUGCCUGCCCGGCAUACAGGAAAGGAAGCAUGUAAAUGUACAAAGAACACCCCCGAGACCUUGAUUGAUGAUAUUUAUAUUUCAAGGAGUCCUCCCUUCGGUCUCUCGUCGAAACGUGUGGAGAUGGCGUGGGUGGAGUGGGUGCCUUCCAAGGGAAGAACGCUGUCCGCACGCCGGAUGGGGUAUGGGCAGGAGCGUCGCGCUUGUGCUGUUGACAGGAUACGUCGGGAGCAUCAGUGGCAGGCGCGUUCGUGUAAUUUUUAUUCGCCACGUAUAUGUGUACGUAUUGGAUGACGUAAUUUUUCGGUCAAAGAUGACAGCCCAGCUGGCGAGGCCGCCACCCUUCUUCUGGGUUGGUAGGUGUUUUCGCGUUGCCAUGGGGAACAGUGCAGGCGGACGAGGCAUGAAGAAGUCGGGGGGGGGGGCACGCGUCCCCCUCUCCCCCCCUUUCAAAAGUGUGAGAUGUAGCAGGUCCUGGUGAUUUUUUGUUGGUAGGGGAGUUCGGAGAGCCCGUGAGGAUGAGAACAAGAUCGACAGGUGAUAUCUCGCAAAAAAUACCAAGCAUCGUUUUCGGGUUUGCUGAGCCU